GCAUCUCAUCAUCACACUACACGACAUCGUUCCCCUCCUUCCUUCUCUCUCUACAGUCUCCCUGUCAACUGUUUUCUAUCUCUAACUAAUCCAUUAUCGGAUCUGAGCCCAAGGUUAAAACCCCCAUAUCAAUACUGUCCGAUCACCUCCGCACACAUUCUCUCUCUAAAACUCUACAAUCCCUCGCUCUACAGUUCGCCAUUGAAAUUUUGUAGAAAAACCCUAAGGUUUGAGAAUCAGGAUCGGCCCAGCGCUGGCCCGCCACGCCCGAGUGGGAGUUGGAUCGGGCAGUGUGACGGGGGCUAUUAUCGAUGGGAAAAGAACGAUGAGCAAAGCUGGAGAACAAGAAGAAGACGAAGAGUGUUUUCACGAUUCCCUUGACCGCCUGCUUUCUUCAUCUAACACCUCUUGCUCCUGUUCCCCCUCCAAUUCCGAUUCUGAAGAGGAUCUGAACCGGAAUUUCAGCUCCGUUGCAUCUCCAGGCAGCAAUGCCGUCACACCUGCCCCGGUUCCCAGGUUCCCCGUGGGGAUGUUCCGCAACUACGACGUCUGGAUCUCCCAACCCUCAUCCGUUGAGGAACGUCGACUCCACCUCCUGCACAAGAUGGGCCUCACCAGUGACCCUUCCCUUCUCCGCCACCGCCCUGCCCUUUCGCCCUCUGCCCAACCGAAAUUCUUUAGUCGAUCCACCUCUUCGGAUCACUUGAUAAGCCCCGGUGAGACCUUUUCUUACGUUGAUAGUAAUAAAAAGAAUUCCAAGACUCCUAGUGAUAGUGAUAUCUUUAAUAAUAGUGAUUGUGAUAAUGAUAAUAGUAAAGUAUCUGGCAUUGUUCAAUCAAAAUCGGAGGGGGAAUGUAACUCGAGUUCUCUAAUUCAUUUGACUAAUUCAACUUCUACUGCCUCACCAGUCAACGAGGGUACUGGUGGGAUUGGUAUAUCUGUAAACAAUGAUCAGCCGAGCCAUAUACAAAGCUGUCAUGACAAUGUCAAGAAAUCAAGAAACCACAAUAGUUUACCGAUGACCAGUGUGAUUUCCCCAAGUAAGCCGCCGAAAGGGAAGAUUAGAAAAGAUUCCAUGCGUAAUGGGAGCUUUAGUGAAUCAUUGCCUAUUUUGGGGACUGGGGAGCUGGACAAGGUGGUGGAGAGUACUGGGGCAGAUGAUGUUAAUGCGGUGUGUAUGAUAAAGAAUCUGGAUAAUGGGAAGGAGUUUGUGGUGAAUGAGGUGAGGGAGGAUGGGAUGUGGAAAAAGAUUAAGGAACUGGAUACAGGGAGGCAGUUGACCAUGGAAGAGUUCUCUGAGAUGUGUGUUGGGACUUCUCCCAUUGUGCAAGAGUUAAUGAGGAGGCAGAAUGUGGAAGAUGGGAACAAGGAUGCUCGGUCUGCAAAUGCGAAUGGUGGCUUUGGGGGCGGAUCCAAAUUGAAGAAGAGAGGGAGCUGGUUGAAGAGCAUAAAAAAUGUAGCGAGAUCUGUAACAGGGCAUAAGGAGAGACGUAGUAGCGAUGAGAGGGAUACAUCAUCUGAGAAGGGUGGGAGGAGAUCGAGCUCUGCUACAGAUGAUAGCCAGGAUAUUUCUUUUCACGGGCCCGAAAGAAUUCGGGUCCGACAAUAUGGGAAGUCUGUCAAAGAGCUUACAGCAGUUUACAAGAGCCAGGAGAUACAGGCACACAAUGGGUCAAUUUGGACUAUAAAGUUUAGUUUGGACGGCAAGUAUCUUGCAAGUGCUGGUGAGGACUGCGUGAUUCAUGUGUGGCAGGUUUCGGAAACAGAGAGGAAGGGUGAUUUGUUGUUGGAUAAACUGGAAGAUGGGAAUUUUAAUCUUCUGUUUCUGGCUAAUGGAUCACCAGAGCCUUCUUCAAUGUCACCAAAAUUAGACAGCCAUUCAGAGAGGAGAAGAGGGAGAUCGUCAAUAAGCAGAAAAUCAGUUAGCUUUGAACAGAUUUUGGUGCCAGAGACAAUGUUCGCGCUUUUGGAGAAACCUAUCUGUUCAUUUCAGGGGCAUCUGGAUGAUAUAUUGAACCUUUCGUGGUCCAAGUCUCAGCAACUGCUCUCUUCUUCAAUGGACAAAACGGUGCGGCUGUGGGACAUGUCGAGCAAGUCCUGUUUAAAGAUUUUUUCACACAGUGACUAUGUAACCUGCAUCCAGUUCAAUCCUGUUGAUGAUAGAUACUUCAUCAGUGGAUCUCUGGAUGGCAAGGUGCGUAUAUGGAGCAUUCCUGAUCGCCAGGUUGUUGAUUGGAAUGAUCUGCAUGAAAUGGUCACUGCAGCUUGCUAUACACCGGAUGGCCAGGGUGCACUAGUUGGCUCAUACAAGGGGAGUUGCCGCUUAUACAACACAAAAGAAAAUAAAUUACAGCAAAAAAGUCAGAUCAAUCUGGAGAAUAAGAAGAAGAAAUCUCAUCACAAGAAAAUUACUGGGUUCCAGUUUGCACCAGGAAGUUCAUCAGAAGUGCUCAUUACCUCUGCAGAUUCACGAAUUCGAGUUCUUGAUGGUGUUGAUCUUGUUCACAAGUUCAAAGGGUUUCACAACACAAACAGCCAAAUCUCAGCCUCCAUUAUGGCUAAUGGAAGAUAUGUAAUAUGUGCCAGCGAUGAUUCUUCUGUUUACAUCUGGAAGCAUGAAGGUGAAUCACGACCAAAUAGAAGCAAAGGCGUUACUGUGACCCAGUCUUACGAGUAUUUUCACUGUCAAGAUGUAUCGGUGGCAAUUCCUUGGCCUGGUAUUUCCGACACAUGGGGAUUUCAAGAUACUUGUUCUGGAGGGCAAAAUGGUCAUUUUGAUGAGGUUUCCACAGACAACCAUCCACCCACACCAGUCGAAGAGACUAAUGGUAACGAGAGCUCCUCGUUGGGAUCUAGGAGCAGUGAUAAUCCACUGAUCGGGGUUAUUUCUAGUGCUACGAACAGCUGCCUCUUUGAUAGAAUAGUAACAUGGCCGGAGGAAAAGCUUCUUUCUGCUUGUAAGGACCGCAGUCCUCGUGUUAGUGUCGACUUCUGCAAUGGGCUUGUCCAAAACAGGUCAGCCUGGGGUAUGGUCAUUGUAACCGCGGGCCUUAGGGGUGAAAUCAGGACUUUCCAGAAUUUUGGAUUGCCAGUUCGGAUUUAAGGCUGAAGUCGAUGAAAUCUGUACAGAUAUCCGGUGAGAAUACGUGUAAUAUAAGUGAGUUUUCUUUGUUUCUUGUGCUUGUGCCGGUUGGAUUUGCGACUCAGUUGAGGAGACUUCCUAACUUGGCAUUGAGAAAAAGUAGAUUUAUCAGAAUUGAAAAGGACGGAAAAAAGAAAGUGAAGGAGAUGUUACCCAGAAACCGAUUGAUUUUCUGUAAUCGGCAAUUGUAGAGUUACGAGCAUGAUAAUAAAAACAAAAUUCUUUAGCAAUUCAUUUAAUUUUAUCCUGGCAGUGUAUACAUAAAACUGGGCAUGGAACUGGGAGUGCAGCAGUAGUUUCUGUAAUAGGCUGGCAUUUCAAGUUCAUGUUCUUGAUAAGUUAAAAGGGUACGAUCCUCUGUAACGAGAUUUUGUGAUUCGAUGUUGUUCACAACAAAAAGAUGUGUUAUUGAAAUAUUUUUCAUUUUUUA